AUGGAUGCCUUAAAGAGUGAGAACAUAACAGUGGUGCUCAGACUGUCGGAGAUGAUGAAGCCCGAGAGCGUGUUGAUGCAUCCUCUGGGUACAGCAGCUGCCCCUGAGCAGGAGCUGCUGUGUAUCUUCGGGGCGGGGGACUUAGGGCGCUCUCUGGGCCAGCGUCUGCUCCAGUCGGGCUACAGGGUGGUGUAUGGCAGCCGCAGACCUCACAGCUGUGGCCUCUUGCCUCAGGGAGCUCAGGUGAUGAGCCACGCAGCAGCAGCCCAAUCUGCCAGAUUGAUCUUUAUUUGUAUUCACAGAGAACACUACGCAUUCCUGGAGACAAUGGCGCCUCAUCUUGAAGGAAAGGUUCUGGUGGACAUCAGUAACAACCUGAAGAAAGACAUGUACCCAGAAGCCAAUGCUGCCUACCUGCAGAGACUGCUCCCUGAUGCUUCUGUGGUGAAAGGCCUCAACACGCUGUCUGCCUGGGCCUUGCAGAAUGGACUUCUGGCAGGAAAACAGCUCUACAGAAAGAGUGCUGAUGGGAAGCAGGCAGUAGCAGCGAUGUCCACCAAGCUGGGCCUCACAGUUCUGGAUAAAGGGUCUCUGUCAGCUGCCAGAGAGCUGGAGGACUUCCCCCUGCAGCUAUUCCCAGAGUGGAGGCUGCCGCUACGCGUGGCCGUCGGCCUCACCGCCUUCUUCUUCUUCUAUCUGCUGAUUCGAGAUGUCAUCUACGCGUAUGUUGAACAGGGGAAAGACAUCUCCUACAGAAUCACGGUGGCCCUGGGCAAUAAGGUGUUUCCCAUUGUGUCUCUCAUCAUGUUGUCUCUGUGUUACCUGCCUGGUGUCAUAGCGGCCUUCCUUCAGCUCUACAGAGGAACCAAGUACAGACGCUUCCCUGAUUGGCUGGACCGCUGGAUGCUGUGUAGGAAGCAGAUGGGUCUGAUUGCACUCGGCUUCGCUCUUCUCCAUGCCAUCUAUACAUUCGUCAUUUCUACUCGCUAUGCCGUCAGACACAAACUCAUCUCGCGUGUGGUGGAUGAGAUGAAGAAAAAUAAAACCACCCCGUUUUACUUUGAUAACACGGAGGCCUGGGGCCAAGACUCAUUCUAUAUGCUGGGAAUCCUGGGCUUUUUUCUUUAUGUCCUGCUAGGACUAACAUCCCUGCCCUCAGUGGGAGGCUCUCUCAGCUGGAGAGAGUUCAACUUCAUUCAGUCUAAGCUGGGCCAUCUGACCCUGAUUAUAUGUACGUCACAUGGCUACAUUUAUGGCUGGAACAAAUUUCUCCAGCCCUCUACCUACAAAUGGUACACUCCUCCUGGCUACAUGCUCUGUCUGAUUGUUCCUUCUGUGGUGCUGGUGCUGAAGGCACUGGUCCUCCUCCCCUGCGUGGAUCGAACCCUAACCCGCAUUCGACAAGGCUGGGAGAGGACGCAGCCAAACGAGGAGAUGGUUCAGGCCACUAACCUGUGAACUCUGACCUCCGAAGCCAUCUGAUAUGCUGGUUAUUGAGCGGUUAUUUUUACUGGUUAUAUUGAGGAUUACAAAUCUAAAAUCUGAACUAUACAUUUCAAAAGGCAUUAGAAA